CAUAUAAGUGGGCGCACGGGGCCGGGCGGGCACUCCAGCGACUGGCGCCGGGCUGCUCGGUUCACCAUGCGUCUCUUCGUGGCCUUGGCCCUGGUCGCCCUGACCUCCCUGUCCGGGCUGGACGCCCUGCAGCUUGCUCCAAAGGUUCAGGUAUAUACCCGUCAUCCAGCAGAGAAUGGAAAGCCAAACUUCUUGAACUGCUAUGUGUCUGGGUUUCAUCCACCUGAAAUUAAAAUCGACCUGUACAAGAAUGGAAAGAAGAUUACAGAGAACGUAGAGCAGUCAGACUUGUCUUUCAGCAAGGAUUGGUCUUUCUAUCUCCUGGUUCACACCGAAUUCACCCCCAACGAGAAGGAUGAGUACACUUGCCGAGUGGAGCAUGCUGCUCUUCAGCAGCCCAUGGUAGUGAAAUGGGAUCGAAACAACUAACUGGCAUCAUGGAGGAUUCGAAGAUGCCUCCUUUGGAUUGGACUAAUUCCAAAUUCUGUUUCUUUAUUUUUUUUUUAAUAUUCAUAUGCUUUUCCAGUUCAUGCAUAUAAUUGAGAUUGUAUUACUGUUAUAACAAUAUCAUCUUUCUGUAGAAUUCACUUUGGGAACUCCAUCCCCAGCUUUGGGGUGUCUGGGAAGGCACUGCUAGGAGGACUGGCAGCCUAGGGCAGGGAGGAGGAAAUUCUUAAGUUCAACAUCAACCUCUUCAUCAAAUCUAAACUCUUCGCUCCAUUCUGUACACAAAGCUAAACAAUAAGACACUUAGAAUAUUCAGAGCCAAACUCAAAUUUGCAUGCUCUGCUUAGAAAUUUAGAAAAAUUGACAGGAGUAUUAGAAAUUUGUAGUAGUAGAUGAAGCAUUUAUCACAUAAGAUUCAUUUUUCCACACCUAAAACUUGGCUAAGCAUAAUUUGGUUUUGAUCUUGUUUCGCUAAUUAAAAGUCUGGUAAACAUG